UAAUAAUAAUCAUCAUCAUAAAAAGAAAAAGGAUGUCUGAAAAUUAUUAAUAUAAAGCUGCGAUGAUACCGUUGGAGUUGGGGAUGAUGAUUGAAGAGUGAAGGCUGAUUGUUGGGAAAGAAGAAGGGCAAGAAGAACACCAUUUUUGGUCAGAUUACUGAAGAAGGAAGGAAGGAAGGAAGAGUCAGCACAUGACAUGGCAAUGGUGGAAGCCGAAGCUGAAGCUGAAGCUGAGUAGACCAGACCGGACCAGACUAAAAAGAAGGAUUGAAGGAGUCUUCCCUUCGAAGCCACAUCGCAUCAUCCAAUCCCCAACCUCCACGAUUUCUGGUUUCUUUAUUUCCUGCAGCUUGCUUUUAUUCCGAAUUGCGAUUGGGGCCAGAUUUGAUUGGGUGGUUCGUCGAUCUCCGUUUCUGAUUGAUCGAUCAUCCACUGGAUUUGAGCUUUGAAUCCUUGCGAGGUAAGGGAAGGCUAGGGUUUAAUCGUCAUGUCUUGCUCCCCUUCUUCGUCGUCGGGAUCGGAGGAGGAGGAUGAGGGGAUUGUUUCCUACCGGAAAGGAGGCUACCACGCCGUCCGAAUCGGCGAUUCCUUCGCCGCCGGUCGGUACAUCGCCCAGCACAAGCUCGGCUGGGGGCAGUUCUCCACCGUCUGGCUCGCUUACGACACGCAAACAUCGAAAUAUGUAGCCUUGAAGAUUCAAAAAAGUGCGCCGCAAUUUGCUCAAGCCGCACUUCAUGAAAUCGAGAUACUUUCUGCUAUCGCCAGCGGCGAUCCUUCAAACACGAAGUCCAUUGUUCGAUUGGUAGACCACUUUAAGCAUGGGGGCCCAAACGGGCAGCAUUUAUGCAUGGUCCUGGAAUUUCUUGGCGAUAGUUUGCUCCGUCUGAUCAAGUUCAACCGAUAUAAAGGUCUCGAAUUGGACAGAGUUAGGGAGAUUUGCAGAUACAUUUUGACGGCAUUAGAUUACUUACACUGUAAACUAGGACUUAUACACACUGACCUGAAACCCGAAAACAUUCUUCUAUGUUCCACCAUUAAUCCUUCGAAGGAUCCUGUCAGAUCCGGAAUGGCCCCCAUUCUUGAAAGGCCCGAGGGAAACCUGAAUGGUGGAGUGACUAUGAAACUCGAGAAGAAACUGAAACAGAGGGCGAGAAGAGCAGUUGCAAGGAUAUCAGAAAGGCGAGCUUCUGUGGGAGGGGUAGGUGUGCCUCCCAAGCCUGUGCGGUGUUUGGAUGGGAUCGACUUGCGAUGUAAGGUUGUGGAUUUUGGAAAUGCCUGUUGGGCUGAUCGACCGAUAGCUGAAGAAAUUCAGACCAGACAGUACAGGGCUCCCGAGGUUAUACUUCAAUCGGGUUAUUCUUUCCCCGCUGAUAUGUGGUCAUUUGCUUGUAUUGCGUUUGAACUCGCCACGGGUGAGAUGCUGUUUACUCCCAAGACCGGACAAGUCUUCAGUGAGGAUGAGGAUCACCUUGCAUUGAUGAUGGAGCUCCUAGGAAAGAUGCCAAGGAAGGUUGCGACUGGCGGGGCAAGAUCGAAGGACUAUUUCGACAGAUACGGGGACUUGAAGAGGAUUCGAAGGCUUAAAUACAGGACACUUGAUCGACUCCUUGUUGACAAAUAUAAAUUUUCGGAGCAGGAUGCCCGGGAUUUUGCAGAUUUUGUUUGUCCCAUUCUUGAUUUCGAGCCGGAGAAGCGACCAUCUGCUCAGCAGUGCUUGCAGCAUCUGUGGCUUAAUCCGACGCAUAGCGAGGCCAAAAACAAGUCAUGCAUCGACAAGUGACACGAGAGUACACGACGACUCCCGGCCCGCCCCCUCGCCGGAGCUUUUUCUGCGACGUUUCUGAAACAAUGGUAGAUGUUAUUAACACAAUGAAGUGAUAUGUGUAGAUUGAAAGGAGUGGACGAGAGCAUACAUCUUUGAAGACUGUGAAUGAAUUAGUGUUUGUAUUUGUUGAUUUAAGUUGUUAACUACAUACAUGAGCUUUGUUUA